AUGCUGUCUCCCUCGCCGUUGAAGCCCUCCGCUCCAUCAGCGUCACUCCUCCGAUUCCUGCGCUCUCAAUCCGAUUAUUUCACAGCCAAUCCGUCGACAAGCUUCGGUUCUACAACAUGUUCCGAAGGCCGACCGUCGCGCGCCUGGAGAACAUCAAAUUGGACAAAGCUUGACCCUGCGCCAUGCAGAGCAACAGCCGAAGCAAACCUUUUCGCCAUCCCGAAUCUCUCGACCAAAAAGCAUACGUCUUCGCGAGGUCGAUGCGCACUCGACAAGGAAGAACCAAUCCAACUAUCGCUUUCACCUCUUAAUCUUUCGUCCUCACGAGCUGCGUCGACAAAGAGCCGUCCGCUACUGCGCAGGCUUUUUGAUCUGAGGCGUAGCAAAGAAUCCGACGCCAAAGGGAAACCCAACCGGUCUGGGCCUGCGCUGAUCGAUGACGGGACAGAGUCGAGUUUCAAUAUUGGGCGUGGAUUAGUAUCAAAGGCGACAAAUGAAUUGCGAUUGCGAUGCACCGAGUUUGAUAAUAAUGGGAAUGUCACGCUUGUCAACGGGGAGUUCAGGAAAAGUGAAUUGAUCGCGAAGUACGGUUUACUUCCUCGCGAUCUUCGCAAAAUCGAUUCUUCGACCUUGCCCCACAUUCUUGUCCGGCCGAGCGCUAUCCUCAUCAACCUCUUGCAUCUUCGAGUCCUGAUUAAAGCUGAUCGGGUUCUUGUGUUUGACGCCUAUGGAUCGACAGACUCUUACAUGCAAUCGUUAUUCGUUUACGACCUGGAGGGGAAACUUCGACAGAAGCAGGCUCAAAGUGCCGGUGCCCUACCUUAUGAGUUCCGCGCCCUGGAAGCGGUAUUGAUCAGCGUUACCGCCGGGUUGGAAGAAGAGUUUAAUGGCGUCAGAGAUCCGGUUGUGCGUGUUCUUCGAGCUCUGGAAGAGGAUAUUGAUCGGGACAAGCUGCGACAUCUUCUGAUCUAUUCCAAGAGGCUGGGUACCUUCGAACAGAAGGCCAGAUUGGUCCGAGAUGCUAUAGAUGACCUCCUGGAGGCAGACGAUGAUUUGACUUCCAUGUAUUUGACUGAGAGAUCUCAGGGAAUGCAGCGAACAGAUGAUGAUCACCAAGAAGUUGAGAUGUUGCUCGAGUCAUACCACAAGGUCUGCGAUGAAAUUGUCCAGGCUAGCGGCAACUUAGUGACUGGUAUUCGAAACACUGAGGAAGUUGUCAAAGCUAUUCUUGACGCAAACCGCAACUCCCUCAUGCUGCUCGAUCUCAAGUUCAGCAUUGGUACACUCGGUCUGGCCACUGGAACCCUCUAUGCCGGUCUCUACGGAAUGAACUUGAAGAACUUCAUCGAAGAAUCCGACUUCGGUUUUGGCGGUGUCUCCGUGACCUGCUUCGCCAUCACUGCAGUCGUCUGCGUCUACGGACUCCACAAGCUCCGCAAGCUUCAACGUGUCCGGAUGUGGGGUGAAUCUGGCGUUGGGGGAGCCCCCAUCGCACCUCUCGCCAGCAGUGUCGGCCAUCGGUCCAACUGGCGGGCUGACUCGAUCGAACCGGUCUGGGGCAGCUACCCCGGUGAAGGACGGGUUGAAAGAAUUAAGCGUCUUAAGGAAGGUGCCGCUGCGACUGCUGCUAAAUCAGCUGCGUCUGAUGCGACAGCGACUAAAGCGUCGGAUAUUAUGAAUAAGAUGGAGUACACGAGACGUGUCCGCGAAGAUGCCUCGACGAACGGGUCGACGGAGUACUAUCCCUCUCGUGACAGAGAUCACAAGGGUUGCUCUUCUUGA